CUGAGUACCAAAGUCUUGCUCUCUCUGAUGCUAGCACUUGGUUUAUCCAUGUUUAUGGCGUCCCUAGAUCAAACCGUGGUUAGUGUAGCUAUACCUACUAUCGCUGCCGAGUUCCAGUCUCUUCAAGAUGUCUCAUGGGUUGGUGCCGCUUACUUUCUAACAUGGACCGCUUUCCAAGGUGUCUAUGGAAAAUGUUCAUCCAUCUUUGGCUACAAGAUCAUGAUUCUUUUUGCUCUAUUCUUUUUCCUCCUGGGAAGCUUGAUUUGUGCUCUUGCCAAUAGCAUGAUUAUGCUGAUCAUUGGAAGAGCUAUUGCUGGUAUUGGAGGUGCUGGUAUUCAAUCAUUGACUCAAAUCAUUAUCACCGUCGUCUGCCCCGUGCGACGAAGAGGUAUGUACCAGGGACUUGCUGGUCUAUUUUACAUGAUUGGCACAGCCAUUGGCCCAUUGAUCGGAGGCGCAUUUACUGACCACCUCAGCUGGAGAUGGGCAUUCUACAUUAAUCUCCCAUUAGGAGCAGUUUCUGCUCUCGCUGUUGUUCUGGUACUCCGAAAUCAGCCUGCACCCGGAACCACCUGGAAAGAACGAUUCAGCCGCGUAGAUUACCUUGGUCUCGUGCUUUUGCUUGCCUGGGUCAUUAUUCUGUUGCUUCCCUUGUCGUGGGGAGGCAGCAAGUACAGCUGGAAUUCGCCCGUCAUCAUUGUUCUAUUUUGCCUAUUCGCUGUUCUCCUAGCCAUAUUCUUGUGGGUCCAAUGGAGGGUGGCAAAAGAACCUCUCAUGCCAUUGAGCGUGUUCACAGUUCAUCGAAACCCUGGAUUGAUUUUUAUGGCAAACAUUUUCAUGGGAAUGUGUUUGACCGGCUUCAUUUACUACGUCCCUAUAAUUUAUCAGCAAGGCAUGGGCAACUCUGCCACCACUUCCGGUGUGAAGUUCAUCCCCUACAUGGUCUCAACCAUCCUUUGUGCUAUCGUAUGCGGCAUCCUGAUCUCUGUCACUUUGAGAUAUCGUCCAUUUGCAGCUAUGGGACCCUUCAUUGCUUCUAUUGGAACGGGAUUAGUUACUACCUGGACUAUGUCAGCCUCAACUGGCUUGCAAGUCGGCUGCCUUAUCCUUUCCGGUGCUGGAACUGGAGCUUUCGUCGUUAGUGCUUUAUUUAGCGCUCAAGCUCCCACCAAAAAAGAAGAUCUUCCAGUUACUACCAGUCUUGUCAGCUUCUUCCGCUCUCUAGGAGGAGUUAUCGGCGUGACCGUGUUCGGAACCAUCUUUAACAAUACUUUGCCAAACCUCAUCGCCCAAGCUAUACCAAAUAUCGAUCCUGCUUCCAUGACUGCCAUUCUUGAGGGUGAUAAGACUGUUAUAUCCGGC